CGUGUUGUGAGGGCGUGAGCGUUAUGAGGGAAGAUGAAAAAUUUUCGCAGCAGACUUUUCGCGCACUGGUAAAGAAUCCUUAGAAAAAUGUUCAUGGUACAUGUUUAAAUGUUGGGUAAAGGAGUAGAAUAGAGUCGAGGUGUGUUGUAGAAGUCAUUCUUGUUGUCAUGUUUGGAUUUUGCGGAACGUGGCCGAAACCAAGUUGGCUGUGAAAGCCUUUCUUCCUUGUAGCGUUUGAUGGAUUAUGAGCUCUGGUAAAACGUCGCACUACAGCCAUUUAUCAGGAGAAGCGACAUCCACUGCAAGCAUCAGCGCCUGUUCGUCUGAUAUCAACCACACGGUCAGAAUGGAGAGCACAUUCGGGCCGACGUUUUCAGGAGUUGCCCCAGUUAGCAAAGCUGAGACAUCCAGUAAUUAUAAACAGCACCGUCGAACACCUUCUACCUCCAGCACGCUGACUUUCUCCGCUCGAGACGAUGACGACGGCAUGCCACCCAUCGGUACUUCACGUGGUUCGGACUCGGCCAUCUCCGUUCGUUCUCUUCACUCGGAGUCCAACAUGUCCCUGCGCUCAACUUUCUCCCUGCAUGAAGAAGAGGAGGAUACGGAUCCGCAGGUUUUUGCUGAGCAGCCUUCAGUUAAACUGUGCUGUCAGCUGUGCUGUAACGUGUUUAAAGACCCCGUCAUCACCACAUGUGGGCAUACCUUCUGCAGGCGAUGUGCCUUAACCUCCGAGAAAUGCCCAGUGGAUAACUCGAAGCUCACCGUGGUGGUGAACAACAUUGCUGUGGCCGAGCAGAUCGGUGAACUCUUCAUUCACUGUAAAUAUGGUGUACGUCCCACCGCUUCAGGAAAACCAACUGCCUUUGAGGUGGAUCCACUCGGCUGCCCUUUCACCAUCAAACUCAGCACCAGAAAAGAUCACGAGGUGAGCUGUGACUACCGGCCGGUGCGCUGCCCGAAUAAUCCCAGCUGUCCUCCCCUGCUCACUAUGAACCUGGAGGCUCAUCUGAAGGAGUGUGAACACAUCAAGUGCCCACAUUCAAAAUACGGAUGCACGUUCAUUGGGAAUCAGGACACGUAUGAGACGCACCUGGAGGCGUGUAAGUUUGAGGGGCUGAAGGAAUUCCUGCAGCAGACAGACGAUCGCUUCCAUGAGAUGCAGGUGACUCUGGCUCAGAAAGAUCAGGACAUUUCCUUCCUACGCUCCAUGCUGGGCAAAUUGUCAGAAAAACUUGACCAGCUCGAGAAAAACCUGGAGCUCAAGUUUGAUGUGCUGGAUGAGAACCAAAGUAAACUAAGUGAAGAUCUGAUGGAAUUUCGUAGAGACGCCUCGAUGCUUAACGAUGAGCUUUCACAUAUUAAUGCCAGGCUUAACAUGGGCAUCCUCGGCUCCUAUGACCCGCAGCAGAUCUUCAAGUGUAAAGGCACAUUUGUGGGUCAUCAGGGUCCGGUGUGGUGUUUGUGUGUUUACUCCACCGGUGACCUGCUCUUCAGCGGCUCCUCAGACAAAACCAUCAAGGUUUGGGACACUUGCACCACAUACAAGUGCCAGAAAACUCUGGAGGGCCACGAUGGCAUUGUGUUAGCGCUGUGUAUUCAGGGGAAUAAGCUGUACAGUGGCUCAGCAGAUUGCACCAUCAUUGUUUGGGACAUCCAGAACUUGCAGAAAGUGAACACAAUCCGUGCACAUGAUAACCCAGUGUGCACGCUGGUCUCGUCACACAACAUGCUCUUCAGUGGCUCGCUCAAAGCAAUUAAGGUGUGGGAUAUUGUGGGCACGGAGCUGAAGCUGAAGAAAGAGCUCACUGGUCUGAAUCACUGGGUGCGAGCUCUGGUCGCAUCUCAGAAUCACCUCUAUAGUGGUUCCUACCAAACCAUUAAGAUUUGGGACAUUCGUUCUCUUGAGUGCGUCCAUGUCCUCCAGACCUCUGGGGGCAGCGUUUACUCCAUUGCGGUCACCAACCACCACAUAGUGUGCGGCACGUAUGAGAACCUCAUCCACGUGUGGGAUAUCGAGUCUAAAGAGCAGGUGCGCACACUAACGGGACACGUAGGGACCGUUUACGCUCUGGCCGUCAUUUCCACUCCGGACCAGACCAAAGUGUUCAGUGCCUCCUACGAUCGCUCACUUAGGGUGUGGAGUAUGGACAACAUGAUCUGCACGCAGACUCUGCUGCGUCAUCAAGGCAGCGUCACCGCACUGGCCGUCUCUAGAGGGCGCCUGUUUUCUGGAGCCGUGGACAGCACUGUGAAGGUGUGGACCUGCUAAAAGAGGAACAACUUCUAAAAUCACACAGUGGACCUUUAGUUACUUCCAGCGGUGUGUAAAAACUGUGAUUACGUGGUGAAGCUGCAUCACUUUUAAAGACAGCAGCCUGAGCAGGAGUGACCUUUUUCCCUGUAUUGAUCUGUUUCUUGUGAUGUGGACACGACUUAUCUUGGCUCACACAGCCUUGGACCAGGACUACGGCAUCGCCUUAAACCACUCCAAAUGACCAGCGUGUAAGAGUCAGCAGUGAUGAGACUGAAUAUACGGUUCUGUAUAUAGACAUUUCACUCGGUUAUAAUGGUGGCUUCUCUGAACAGCAAGUCACGAUGUGAUUAAGCAUGUCUGAGAUGCCUUCUCUACUAGGACUCAGCAAUUAGAUCAUCUGAACUGACCACCUUAACUUUUCUCCACUAACGUUAUAAACUGUUUACGAAGCAUCCUGCACAGGUCUGGGAACAGAGCUUCGAUAAUAAUUCAGUUGCUUCUAGAUUGAAUUAUGUUACGCGAAGUGCUCACUACACAAGUUUAGCCUUGAUUUUGUGCUCAUCAUUAAUCAUGUGUUCACACUGGCAGCCACGUGAUGUGACAAAACAGGCCAGAGUCACGUACAGCCAUGACGCACGGUUAGUGUUUAACACUUCAGAGAAUGUGUGAGCAGCCAGAGAUGUCAUGCCAUUUUCCAGCAUGUUGGAAACAUUGGGUAAUAAAUCUCAGCAUGUGAGCACAGUAUGAUGUAACGAGUGACGGAGAGCGAGACAGGAAAUGUGGACGAGCAAGAGGACAGCUCUCAUGGUGAAGGACACUGAGGUCCGUGUGGAACAGGAAAUGGAGGGAGCAGGUGUAGCAACGACUACAGCAAACUGCUCAUGGCUUCGUUUUAGCAAAGUCACAUGAUCAAGUUACAAACAGCUAAUCAGUAUUCACUGUUGCAACGCCAAUUUCCAAACCUAGUCCUGAGAGCCAAAUGAUUCCGUAAGUGGAGGUGGAAAAAAAAUGAAUAAAACCUGUUCAUAUGAUGCCAAAUCACAGGUUUUUCAUACGAGCAGCUUUGUGACUAACAUUUGAUAUUGCCAAGUGAGAUUUCUUUCUUUCUUUUUUUUUUUUUUUUUUUUUACUGUAUAUACUUAAUCACCUAAUUAAUCAGCAGCACACCAUGUUGAUGGAAAAAUGAAGUUUUCAGUGCAUCAUUGUCCACUUCCUAGUAAUCGAGUCCACUUGGCCAUCUUCAUCAGCUUGAAUGAAGUAGAUGAGGGAUGGAGUGAAUAUCACUCUAGACUGCUGUUUCUUUUUGAAAUGGUGGAUGAAGCUGUUUAUACAUAGCAAUAACAUACUUCAUAUAGGAUUUUUUUCUAAAUCGCUCUGCCUCCUCUACAAGUCCUGCAUUCAUUACUGCAGUUAAACUUGUGUAGCUAGCUAAAAAUUCUUCUGUAUAGCUAGCAGAGGAGCGAGCGAGCGAGUGAGCUGAUUAACACGUCUGCUUGUGUUGCUAGUGCACACUCUUGAUGUAAACGUUUGUCGGGGAGGGUGUGUUAAACAGUAUUGAAACACUGGGUCUUUGAACUAUUAACCCAAAUUCUUACUGUAUUACAGCUGAUGACAGAGCAGUGCUAUGAGCAGCUCCAGCUUUGGCGUGUCUGUGUUUGUGUGUGUCUGUAAUGCAGAAUACACACCGCAACAGGUCCAACUGUCUGGGCGUCUCACCACGAACUGCACUGGUGUUUUAUUCAGUCACACAUGCACUUCUAACAUAUAGUGUUAAUCAUCGUUGACUCAGUUAUUCCACUCCUUUGUGUUAUUGUAUCUACUGCUCUCAGCCAAUCAGAACGCACUGUACUGGUGUAAACAGUAGACAAGUGCCGAUUAUACGUUUCCAUUGUUGUUGAUAAUUGCCUACAUUUUUAUCAUGGUUCAUGACAUUAUCACAAUAUUGAAUAAAUUGUUCUGAUGAA